AGCAUUCACUCUUAUUGGAGGAGGCUAGGAUGCAUUCACUCACAUAACUUCGUAGAGUUCGUGUCUGAAGCUGCACAUUUAUUUUUUAUCGUUGUGUUAUAUUGCUGUGAUAAUUCGAAUAGUGUGUGAAAAUAAUUAAAUUUGGACAAACAAUGAUUUUUUCAAAGUAUAAUGUCCUACCUAUAGACAUUUGGCCAGAAGUAUCUAUGAACUAACACUCAUCCAGAAAGGAGGACAAAUGUGCCGAAUAACAACGUUCAUAUGAGUAAGCAAGAGUAAAUGUUUCUGCAAACAUAAUUUUAUGAAAUAUAUCCAUAAUAAUUUAUUUAUUUAUUUAUUUUUUAAUCGUUUUCAUUGAAUACUGUUGAACCAUACAGUCUACUAUAUGACAAACAAUGUUACAUAUAACACCAGUUAAACACCUAAACACAAACAGGGGAAAUAUUGUGAUGCUACGAUGGAUAUGGCACUAUAUUAAUAAUGUUUAUGGAUAUUGAUCUAAAAUUAAGAUGGAUUUGAAUAAAUCUAAAUGUUCCAAAUGUGCUGCAGAAAAGGAAGAUUAUAAACAAUUAAGUCAGCAACAGAAAACUGUGUAUGAAGAUAUAUCCAAAUUUUUGAAGGCAAAAAAGAAUGGAGUUAUCGUAAUAGAUACUUUGAGUGGAACUGGUAAAACAUUUCUUUUAUCCACCUUGGCUCGAAGUUAUUCCAGAUCGGCGAAAUUCGUUAUCUUCAGGAAAGAUCAAGCAAGCAGAAUAUCAUUGAACAAUAUUGACACGUACACUUAUAUAUCUUUUGUUAUGCAUUAUUUUUCUCUAACAUAUAAACAUGCGAUUCGUAUGUUUCGUACGAAUAGCUUGGAUAACGUCGCUGAACUUUAUAACUUAAUCGUAUACUCGAAAAAAUUCGUCGAUAAUACAUCAAAAAUUAUCGUCUUAGAUAUAUACACUAUACCUCCACCAUCCUUGUUGAUUUUACUAUACAUAGUGUCGCUUAAAAAUCAGCUACAUUUAAUUUUCGCUGGGAGCAGUGUACAAUUGGAAACUAUCCAUAAAUCACCAUUUCAUGAUGAAAGUAAUUUUUUCAUUAUUCAGAUAAUGGGCGAUUUAAUAAUAAAUAAUAAGUUACCGAAAAGUAUACGAAUAUGCGAUUCCGUACUUGAAUAUAAAAUGUCACGUUUUUCUCAAAUUCUUAAACAAUACAAGACCGCUGGCAAUGUGCCAUUUCAUUAUAAUAUUCGAUAUGCUCUUUACUGUCUUUUUCGCUCGAAAUACUUCGUCGAGGAACGUUUCGAUACCAUCUACAUAGCCCAAACUCAUAAAAUAAUUAAGAAUCGUAUGCAUCGAUUCAUCCAAUAUCUGAAAUCGAAUGGUAAACGGUACGUCGAAUCACCAUUUUACUAUGUGGACAAGCAUGGUGUGAACAUGCCCAUUUCUAUAACUCAUAGUGGUAAAUUUCUUCCCAACUUGCUGUUAGUCGAAGGAUAUAAAUACAUACAUAUUAACAAACGGGGAAUUCACAAUGUUGUACACCUGGAAAAAAUAGUGUACGAGAAUAAUGAAGUUUGCUCUUUGAAAAUACGUUUCGUGACAGACAAUCGCGUCGAAAAUAUUCUACGAGACAAGCUUAAUUAUUAUCAGAUUUUACCAGCAUAUCGUACUUGGUUAUUGACUAAUAUUGUACAUACGGAUGAGUUAUGGCAGUUCCCUCUACGUCCAUAUACGCUGACUUAUCACGCUGCUUUGGGACAAACUAUUAACCAGGAAGAAGUGGAGUUUGAUACCACCAAUUGUCAUCAAGCCAAUUUCAUAUACGUUGGUCUCUGUUGCGUACGACAUUAUUCCGAUAUCUACAAGAUUCAUGAUACACGCGACCUUCUAAGCUAUGUGGUAACGGAUUACAUGGAAAAUGUACGAAACGAUAAGAGAUAUUAUUAUCGUUGUUCAUCGAUAGAAGUUAAUGAGAAUAAAAUUUUUGAAUAUAUUACUAAUAACGGCCUUAACAAAUACAUAGAUAGCAUUGAGUGGAGAGAUGUGCCUGAUAUAAAACAAUUUGAAAAAAUGCCUAUGUAUUGUUUACGAAUUGAACGCAGUCUCUACGAACAUUUGAAUAAAAGUAUUGAUACACCAUUGAUGAAGGUCACCAGAUUUAUAAAGGAAAAUCCGAGUGUGAUACUACAUACGAUUAAAAUGGCACCUGUUGGAGAUUUCAAUGUGUGUGACCAUAAUAAGGACAUUGUUUAUGUUAAAAAUAAGAAGAAAAAAACAAAAGAACGAGAGAAAAGAAAAGAAUCAAGUGCAUUCGAUUAUUUAAAAAAUGAAUAUAAUCGAUGGCUUGGUGAAACAGAGAAUGUUUAA